GGAAAACAAAUCAGCUGAACUGAAAGUCAAAAAGAUACGAAGGAAAAUAAUUAGACGAAGUGAAAAUUUAUCGUCUAUGUGAAAACUCUACUGUUUGUGGACAAUUUUUUUCAAAUUGCAAAAAAAACUGUUGAUAUUUGUAAUCUUGCUUUGCCUUGGAUGGUUUUUAACUGAUUGUUCAACGAGCGCAAUAGUAGUUUUUAUGAAAAAGUGAAGUUUCUGCGAGUGCGAAAUUUAGGUAACUUCCCAUUAUCGCAGUGUGGCACUUUCUUUGUCAUACAAGAAUGCAUCAAUUUUCCGCUGUUUAAGGAUCUGUGAAAAAUUAACUGAAAAAUGUUCGGAAGAACGGAAACGAAAAAGGACAGUUUCCUGGAGCAGACUAAAGCCGCCCGCGAAGAACGGGCCAAUGAGCGAGCAAUGGAAGAAAAGCGAGACAAAUCGAUUGUUUUGCUGCAAAAAAAUAUUCGCGGGUGGUUAGCUAGAACAAAGUUCCGAAGGUUAAUUUUGAAUGAAUUUGACGCUUUGCUACCUCCGGUAACGAAUCCUACCAAAGACAUCGAGUUGAAACCGUGCUUGCAGAUUUAUCGUGCCGCAUCACAUUUUCUACUGCAGUGGAAAUCUAACUCGGCUGCUGAAGCCGCCAAUCAGGAUCGCCUGGAGCGCUUAUGCCGGUAUCUAAUUGCCAGCCUUGAAUCCGAUUCGCCAAAAACUAGUUAUAUAGGAGUGGCACUUAAUAAGGACUACAGUCUAGCAUGGAUAAGACACAUCAAAAAGCUACUCUAUCGGUGUUGUAUAGCUAUGGAACAGCUUCGUCCGGAGGCUCACAGCGAUAGCAUAUCAUUGGCCUUAUAUUUGCACACAUUAGUGGCAUUUACUUCCUCCAACAGCUGGGUUUUGUUAAGAAACAAAUCUCUGGCAGGCUUAAAACCUGGUAUGUUACAACUAUGUAGUAACAUUAUGGGCGAUUUAGUCCAAAAAGGAUUCUAUCUGAAUCUACGAAAUAUUCUGCUACGAGGAACCUGUCGGACGGUAAUAACUUUGAAACCGAUAUCACUGACAGCCAUUAUGACGCUGGCAGUACGGCCGUUGAUAUCCGGUAAUUUCAGUGAAAAUCUUAUGUCACAGUUUUUAGUGCAAAUCCUGUCCGUUCCCGGUAUCAUAUAUCAGUUGGAGCAAUGCACCCCAGAGUGUCUUAAUAAUUUGCAAUCUCACCAUAUUCUUGAAAGGGCACUGGAUUUACUCAGUGUUGACGAUUCCGUGAAAUACGUGCUGAAUUCUCUGCAAAACAGUCUUCUGCUAUCUCUGCUUGCCAACAUUGUGCAUCUAUACUAUUUGGAACCACCGGAAGAUGCACUAAAGCUUGCAUAUCCAACGUUUACUUUUGUAGCAACCCAGCUUCUCAAUGGCAUUCUCACAAGCGUCGGUCAAUCGGGAGGCACCUGCAGCCAAUGGCACGAACUUCUUGGUUGGUUUACACCUGGCAAAGAACGUCUUCAAAACGAGAACCUCCCUCUUAUUAAGAAGCAAAUUCAUCUACUGUGGAACCAUAGGCUGGUUAAAUUAUUACUGGGCGAAAAUUUGAAACUGCUGGCUGUUGGAUACGAAACCAUAGAGUACACGAUACCCAGUGGAAAUAGCACGGGAAAUCUACUGAAAAGAGCGCUAACCUUUGAGCGGAAUUCUAUCAAAGGACCGAAUGAGAAGAAAGCUAGCAAAUCGUACCGCAAGAUCGGCUCCGCUGAAGUUUCACGAGUUGCACUUACUUGUGCCAUGUUUCAGGCAGCGCUAAGCGCACUAUCACAGCUGAGGCUAGAUAUCUUGUCCGGUUUAUGCUACAACGAUACCGUACUCCACGAUCUGUGGCUUUUACUAGGUUCGUUAGGUCCUACAUGCGGAAUGAAGGGGUUCAUGGAGCUUCUUCAAGUCAAUCAAAUUAGUUAUGACCCUCCUCUGCUGCUGUUAUCUCUUUUCUGCGAUUGCAUGACCCACUACGUUACAAUCUUGGAUGAUCUAGAAAUGUACGAACAGCAGAACCCGUUCAGUCUGAACGAUUACAUUGCGCUGUCGCACUUCCUCAACACAUUCCUCUACCGGACAAUUCAGGACCAAAUAUUUGACAUUAAAACAGUCACCAGUGCUCCACUGUUUGUUUCGACACACACUCUGCUGCUGUGUCUCUACCGGCGCGAUUGUCGACGUCCAUUUGCUCCUCCGAACCAUUGGCUUAUUCGCGAUAUCAGACCGUCACACUUUCUAACUGACCUGGAAAAAGGCAAAAAGCACACACAAAUAUUACUGCAGAAAAUGCCUCACAUAAUUCCACAUGAAGAUCGAGUUCAACUUUUUCGCAAGUUUGUACAAAAUGAAAAAGCAGUUCUAGGGCUUACGGAAUCAGCAUGUGCGUCACCAAGUUCUGCUCUAGUCACCGUACAUCGGGAUCGUAUUGUUGAGGAUGGUUAUCGACAGCUGGCUGCGCUUCCUCCUCAUGCCCUCAAAGGCGUCAUUCGAGUUCGAUUCGUCAAUCAACAAGGUCUAGAUGAAGCCGGUAUCGAUCAGGACGGAGUGUUUAAGGAAUUUCUAGAAGAAACUAUAAAAAGAGUAUUUGAUCCUUCGUUGAAUCUGUUCAAAACGACUACCGAGCAGAGGCUAUAUCCAUCGCCAACCUCCCAUAUGCAAGAAAAUCACCUUCAACUGUUUGAGUUUGUCGGUAGAAUGUUAGGAAAAGCAGUAUAUGAAGGAAUUGUAGUGGAUGUUCCAUUUGCUUCGUUUUUCCUAUCCCAAGUUCUUGGACAAACGCAGCAAGCACUCUACAGUUGUAUGGAUGAAUUACCCUCGCUCGAUAAAGAACUUUAUCGAAGUUUAACUUUCAUCAAACACUAUCAGGGAGAUGUGGCAGAUUUGGAUCUAACGUUCAGCGUUGACGAGGACGUGAUGGGAAAGAUUGUGACGCAUGAACUAUACCCGGGCGGAAAGGCAAGAGGGGUCAACAACGACAAUAAAAUCAACUAUAUCCACUAUAUGGCAUACUUCCGAAUGCACACACAGAUACGCGACCAGACCGCUGCUUUCAUACGAGGUUUUAGAAGCAUAGUUAAUCCAGACUGGUUGGCGUUGUUUUCAACACCGGAACUGCAGCGUCUAAUAUCUGGUGACACAGCGCCACUCGAUUUGAAAGAUUUACGGAAACAUACUCAGUACUACGGAGGAUUUCACGACGGUCAUCGAGUCGUCAGUUGGUUAUGGGACAUUUUAGCCAAAGAUUUCAGCGAAGAAGAAAAGAAAUUAUUCCUCAAGUUUGUUACCAGCUGUUCUAAGCCACCCCUGCUUGGAUUUGCCCAUCUGGAGCCACCAUUUUCGAUUCGUUGCGUGGAAGUCGGUGAUGAUGAAGACAUUGGCGAUACAGUCGGUUCAGUGAUUCGCGGUUUCUUCACUAUUCGCAAAAAGGAUCCUCUAAACCGUUUACCAACCUCAUCAACUUGCUUUAAUCUGUUAAAGCUUCCCAAUUAUCAAAAGAAAAGCAUGCUACGAGAUAAACUCCGGUAUGCCAUAUCAAGUAAUACAGGCUUUGAACUGUCCUGAAGUGUCAAGAACAUGAAACAAUUAGCACUAAGCAAAUAUUAUCCGUACUUUUGUAUCCGGUUGGUGUUCUAAGGUUGUAGAGAGCACUUGUUUUAUAUUUCACUGGCUGCAACGAAAGCUGCGAGCUUUGAUCUAAUGAAUGUCCUUACAUGCGAACGCAUAUAUUUAUAUCGUGUGCUAACAAAACUCUUGAAUUACUACCUAUACCAGAGGUGGAAAUAAGGACAACUUUGCACGACAAAAUAUGAUGUAUUUAACUGUGAUAGUAAACUGCAGGUCGAAGAAAUCGACCGAGGAGAGAUUAUUUCCUAUAUUGUAAAAACAAAAAUCCUUCUUCCGAAUGGCUGCCGCCUUUCGUAGUUGUCAAGAGUUUAGAAUGUGCAACCAACGAUCAUCAUUACUCUCUAUCGAGUCAACAUCUUGAUAAGUGGAUCAAACUUUCAUGAAAACCGGUUUUCACAAUAGAAACUAGCGACUUUUUUAUUUGCUACGUUCUAUGUUAGAUUUUUAAGCAUAACAAAAACAAGGGAAUCGUUUAUUAUACGCGUUUCACCCAAAAGUACACACUCGAUGUUAGAAUGCUUGUUGCAAGGCUAUGACAACUAUUGACAGUAGAGCAUACAAUUUGAUAUGCUAGUUUUUAUCAUUUGUUUAGCUCCAGGUUUGUGUAGCAGUUUAUCGAGUGUAAUAUGUUGUCACUGUAGUAAAGUGUAGGUUUAUGAGCAGUGAAUUAAUUGUAAAGAAAGUAAGAAUACAAUUGCUUAAUGAAUAAAUAUUAUUCAUAACAAACUGAA